CCGAGGGUCUCCCGCGGGCGCCCCGGGCGAGCUGCCGGGUGGUGGUCGGAGGCUGAGGGCGGGUCUGGCCGGGCCCCCGCCGCGCUGGCCAGCUGGGGUCAGGCCCUCGCCCCUCCGAAACCGACUUCUCCUAGGUGCCAGGUGGAAUCAGUGAGGGAACUGGGGGGUGGGGGCGAUAGUCACCUUGAGCUAAAUGGGUGAUGCUGAGGUGCUUCUUCCGCCCUUUUGCACCGGGAAACUCAUCUCUUUGGUUUGUGUUUGGGCUGCACCCGGCGGCGGUGCUUAGGGACCACUCCUGGCGGGUUUCGGGGAUGCUGGGGAUGGAACUCGGCUGGGCUGGUGCCGGGCGAGCACCUUUCCCGCGGUCCUACCGCUCGCGCCCCUCCAUCCCUGCACAGACCCUGGCCGGCAAUAAGAGCUUCCUGAGCUGCUGCUUGUAUGCCGCUUGUGUCUGUGCUGAUGUCAGGUGUGUGGGGCGUUAGUUCCGUGGCCUCCUGCCGCUGGUGCCUACUUUUGGCCUUGCUCCUCCACACUUGUAGUCGUGAUUCUCCACUAUGCCCUCCCAGAGAAGAGGUUUCUCCUGAGAGGACUCGGCGCGAAAGAUGUGGCGAUGCCUCCACAACUGCUCCUGCCCUCCUGUCUUUGGAAGAUUCCGGUUCCGUCUCACUGGGGACACAGACCUCUAAUCGGACUUAAUCCGUCAUCAGGAGACCCAGGGGGUGGAGUGGCCUGUGGUGGCAAAACAGGGGUUUUCUAUCCAGAGGAUGACUUCCGUGACAGAGUCAGAAACUGUAAAAGUACUGGAAGAGGAACCAGUGACAUCUAAGACUCAUGAUCAACAAUUGGAAUCAAAUCCCUACCCCGUGGAAGUGUGUAAACCGCCUGCCUCAUUGGAGAUGACUGAAGGCACUUCAAAGGGAAGAUUUCCCCUUGAUGCUAGCCCUAAAGCUGGGGAACAUUGUGAUCUUAACCGCCCGGAGAAACUCCAGUGUGGAUCCCUUCACUUGUCUCCCCAAAUCCUUCAACAAGACAGGAGGCAGUCCUGGCGGCGAUCAAGUAUGAAAGGCUUGAACCGACGGAAGUCUCUUCCUCCCUUCCAUCAGGGCAUCACAGAGCUCAGCAGAUCCAUCAGUGUCAACUUAACAGAAAGCAAACGGCUUGGUAUUCUUCUGCUCUCCAGUUUCCAGUUUUCUGCCCAGAAACUUGAGCCUUUCUUAAAGGACAAUGAGGACUUCAAUCUUGAAAGAUUCAGAGCCAAAGUAUCCUCUAUUUCUGAAGAAUUGAAACAUUUUAUAGACAGCUUGGAAAAUGAUGGGACUCUACAAAAAUGUUUUGAAGAUUCAGAAGGAAAAGUUCCAGAUUUGUCUCUUGAGUCAUCAGUGUCUGAGAUGAAGGAAUAUAUAACAAAGUUUUCUUUGGAACAACAGACUUGGGAUCAGCUAUUGUUGCGUUACCAAAAGGAAGCUGAAGAGAUAAUAUCCAGAUCAACUGAAACCAAAACUGAAGUUGAGGUAGAGCCUACAAUGUAUCUUGGGUCUUCCCAGAGUGAAGUCCUUAAUACAAAACCUGAUUACCAGAAAAUAUUGCAGAAUCAGAGUGAAAUUUUUGAUUGUGUGGAGUUGGUGAUGGAUGAACUGCAGGGAUCCAUGAAGCAGCUGCAUGCCUUUAUGGAUGAAAGCACUCAGUGCCUCCAGAAGCUGUCAGUACAGCUUGGGAAGAGAAGCACACAACAAUUAGAUUCCUCACCAGCUCGAAAAUUGCUCAAGCUUCAGCUAUAAAAACUCUUUGUGAUACAUUGCCCUGGAUCUUAUUGGUCACUUCAUGCAUCUUUUCUGCUACUAGAUGCCAGGAAUGGGACUGGAAUGUCAUCCCUGUAGCAGUGAGCUGAUGAUUCCUGCCAUUAUCUUAAGGAAUAACUGACUAACUGUGGACUCCGUCAGUAAUUUUCUAACAGUGAUGGAAUUUAUGCAUUGAAAAGAAUGUUGCACAGAGACACUUUCCAAAAAUGUGCAAAAUACUUAAAACUGUUUAGGAAUAACAUUCAAAUUUAUUUGCUUAUUCUUUUUAACAUCCUUCUUAGUCUGUGAUCUUCAUCUUGGGAAUAUGAUUUCAGUCUAUGAAGACCAAAUCCAGAUAGGAGUCAAACUAGUUUCCAAUUGUAAAGGAAUAAAACUGAUUUUCUUGGGGCUGGAGGGACAGUCCAGCAGAUAAGGCUCUUGCCUUGCAUGCCAGAUCUGAAUUUAAUCCUCAAUACCCCAUGUGGUCCCUUGAGCACUGCCAGGAGUGGUCCCCGAGCACAGAGUCAGGAGUCUGUCCUAAGUACUACAGAAACAAAAACUGCUUUACUAAUGUGACUCAGAAGGUGAUUUUAGAUAGAGAAGUUUGAGCAUUGUUUGUGUUAUGUUUAUACAUAUUUCAUUUAAAAUAUCCACAUCGAAGGAAAUGUACUACUCAUUUUCUGUGUUCUCCUACAUUCUAGAUUAUAGAAAGGGACUCCUUUCGUUGCUCUCUGUAUUUCUUAAUAGCCUACAUCAUAAAAUUGCACAUGAUCAAAAGUUCUUCCUUGUAUUUUUGUAUAACUUGAGUGUAUUAGAAAAAUUAAAAGACCGGGCUGGGGUGAUAGCAUAGCGGGUAGGGCGUUUGCCUUGCACGCGGCCGACCCGGGUUCAAAUCCCAGCAUCCCAUAUGGUCCCCUGAGCACCGCCAGGAGUAAUUCCUGAGUGCAGAGCCAGGAGUAACCCCUGUGCAUUGCCAGGUGUGACCCCAAAACCAAAAAAAAAAAAAAAAAGAAAAAUUAAAAGACCAGGGGCUGGAGUGAUAGCACAGCAGGUAGGGCGUUUGCCUUGCACAUGGCCAACCUGGGUUUGAUUCCCAGCAUCCCAUAUGGUCCCCUGAGCACCGCCAGGAGUAAUUCCUGAGUUCAUGAGCCAGGAAUAACCCCUGUGCAUUGUUGGGUGUGGCCCAAAAAAUAAAAAUUAAAAGACCAGUGUAUGGAAGUAAGCAGUAUUGAGGCCAUAUGCCUUAGCACUAAUUACCAAUAAAAGUACC